AAACACGAGGAGAGUAGCUCAUAAUCACGCGAAUAAAAACUCGAUGCAUCUCAAAAUCCCCCGUUUCUAAAAUUGGCAAAAAAAAUUAGCGAAAAAUUAGCGGAGAAAUUACCGUAUAAAUAGAACCUCCUUCUCUCGCAUCAAUCCAUGGUAGCGCCGGCGGCAACCUAGUUUGCUGUGAUCUUCGUCUUCUCACCCUCUUCUCUUCGAAUCGCCAUGGCGUUUUCUUCUAGAAGUUUCUGGAAUCGGGCGUUUUGGCUGCUUCUGUUAGCGGCGAAGGUGGUGAUCCACAUAUCUGCUGUGAAUUCAGAAAUAUCUGAUACUCUGUUGCUUACAAGAUCCAAUGAUCCAGUAAGACAAAGCAAUAUUGAAGGAAAUUGGCAUAUGCAAGACUGUAAGGACUGUAAAAAUAGACAGGAAAACAGUUAUAAGACAAACCGUUCGAGUGAAAAAGUGGACUCCAGCCAAGGAGAGGCCAUUGAUAUAACUGUGACAUACAUGGAUAAUUCUGGUAACUUCAAAAGUCAUAAGGUCAAGUCAAGUGAUUUAUCAUCUUCUUGGGUAUGGGAGAAUUCUGCUGGAAACCCCACACAGCAAAAGGGAGAAGAAGGCUUAUAUCAGCUCAGGGUGAACAAAUUACAGGAAAAUGAUCGCUCUUCAACUGAUCAUGACAAACUACCUUGCCCUAUUAAACUUAAACGUCAGCGAUUGAGGCAAAAGAGGAAGGAGUUGCGUGUAGCAGAGCUGGUUCACAUGAGUAAAGAAACUGAACUCGAAAUGGAAGCAGCAGCUAUCGAACGUACUAAAAAGUUCAAUCACAUAGUAAAGGGAAAGUACAGCAUAUGGAGGAAAGAAUAUCAACCCACUUUCACAGAUUCCACAUUAAAACUCAUGAAAGAUCAGAUUAUUAUGGCUAAAGUGUAUGCUAGCAUUGCUCGCUCUUUGAAUAAACUUGAUCUGUAUAGUUCCCUGAUGAAACAUAUCAAAGCAAGUCAGCUCAUGACUGAAGAGGCAACUUCGGAUGCUGACCUACACUCAGGUGCUCUUGAACAAGCAAAAGAAAUGAGCAAUGCCUUAAACCAGGCCAAGGGAGUGCUAUAUGAUUGUGACAUAAUAGCCAGAAGGUUGCAGGCAAUGGUCCAGUCAACAGAGGACAACAUAAUCGGAGUGAAGAAACAAAGCACAUUCUUGAUACAGCAUGCUGCAAAAACGAUGCCUAAGCCUCUACACUGCCUUUCUUUGCAGCUAGCUACUGAUUAUUUCUUAGAUAAUUAUGCAAGUAAAGGACUAGUAAACAGUCCAAAGCUUACGGACGCUUCUCUAUACCAUUAUGCUAUAUUCUCUGAUAAUGUACUUGCAACAUCAGUUGUUGUAAAUUCUACUGUUGUGCAUGCCAAGGAACCCGAGAAGCAUGUGUUUCAUAUAGUCACUGACAAACUGAACUUUGCUGCUAUGAGGAUGUGGUUCAUUGCUUACCCUCCUUCACCUGCAACAGUACAUGUGGAGAAUAUUGAUGAAUUCAGUUGGCUAAAUUCUUCAUACUGUUCAGUUCUUCGGCAACUUGAAUCCGCAAAGAUCAAAGAGUAUUACUUUAAUGCCCAGCAUGCAUCAUCACUAUCCGCAGGAAAUGAAAAUCUCAAAUACAGGAAUCCGAAGUAUUUGUCUAUGCUCAACCAUCUGAGAUUCUAUAUGCCUGAAGUGUAUCCAAAGCUAGAUAAGAUACUAUUUCUUGAUGAUGAUAUUGUUGUUCAAAAAGAUCUAACACCUCUGUGGUCCAUAGAUUUGAAAGGAAUGGUGAAUGGUGCAGUAGAGACCUGCAAAGAGAGCUUUCAUCGGUUUGACACAUAUCUCAAUUUCUCGAAUCCAAAGAUCUCUGAGAAUUUUGAUCCACAGGCUUGUGGAUGGGCUUUUGGAAUGAAUAUUUUCGACUUGAAGCAAUGGAAGAAGCGAAAUAUCACUGGAAUAUACCAUUAUUGGCAAGACUUGAAUGAGGACAGAAAACUGUGGAAGCUUGGAACUCUUCCUCCAGGUUUGAUUACCUUCUACAACCUGACAUAUCCCCUGGAGAGGAGCUGGCACGUUCUGGGUCUUGGUUAUGAUCCAGCUGUGAACCCUAAAGACAUUAUAAAUGCAGCUGUUGUUCACUAUAAUGGGAACUAUAAGCCUUGGUUGGAUCUUGCUAUCGCAAAGUAUAAGCAGUACUGGUCCAACUUUGUUCCGUUUGACAAUCCAUACAUUCAAAGAUGCUACGUCGAUCAAUAAUUUUUUUCCUCCUUUUUAUUUGUAAAUGUUCCCACAGUUGAACUUCUGAUAUGCCUAACUCUUCAUAAUUUUGUAGUAAUCAAAGCUGAGUUAUUGUGAUUUUUUCGAUGUCAGAAGUUGACGAAACUCUACUUAGCCCCAUCAGUAGUCUGCUCUUUUUCUAAUGUGUACUCACAGAAUAUACGAGAGUUAUUAAAAAAGGGUUAAUUGCAAAGAAAACCCGUGUCAUGUA